AUGGAAGAUCCACAUAUCUGUAUUCUUACUAAUUGGCUUAACUAUACACUAAAGUUAUGUGACGAAAAAAAGGUUAGUUAUUCUUCAUUCAGAGACGGUGUCUUAUUAACCAUUUUAUUUAAUAAACUUAAUAAUAUUACCUCUAAACCAAUAAAAUUACCACAAACACCUGCAGAUAAAAUAAACAAUAACCAACAAAUUAUUAACAUUGUCUAUGAUGGGGCUAAUAAAAUUUCAGCAGAAAGAUUUACUUUAGGAGUACCAGAAGCUGUUACUCCAUUACUUAUAAAAAUGUUUUUAAAAUAUCAACUAAAAUGUUCUUCAAUUCAAGAGGCUAUAGAUAAAAUACUUGAUAUGGUGCAAGGUGUUACAGGAAAAGAAGUGAUAGAUCUUAGUUUGUCCUGGGUAGAUGGAAUAAUUUUUAAUCAAUUUCUUGCUGGACUCCAACCAGAAACAAACAACCCAUUUCCUAAUCUUAAUAAUUUAACUUCAGUAAAAUUGAUACAACAUUGUCUUGAAUAUGCAGAGAAUACAUUUGGUGUUCCACCCUUAAUAACUGCAGAGGAUAUGUGUAAUUUACAGGAACAAUUUUCCUUAGUAGUUUACUUAUCAUAUUUCAUGAAUUAUGCAAAGAAAGUACCUCGUAAACAUGUAAUAAUUAUGGACGAAGCAAAGAGUAAUAAAAUAAAAAAAAUUAUUGAUGACCCUGAACAAGAGUUAGACUUUAAAACAAGUGGUUAUGCUGACGUAGAAGAACAACUAAAUAAAGAGGCUGAACCAAGAAUUGAAGAAAAUAACGAAGACAGCCAUUAUUCCCCUUCUUUCCAAAUCCACAUUUUAGAAAAAUUAAAUCUUUAUAGAAAUCCUAGAGAAAAAGAAGAUGCCGAUUCAUGGAAACUUAUUAAUAAAUUUAGUUAUUGGAUAGAACCUAUAAUGUCUAACUUCCUUUAUGAAAGUCCUAUGAUUCUUUAUUCUCCACAACAACAAACUGAAGAGGAACGUAAGAAGAUCUUAGUAACAGAUAAAACUCGUCCGGAAACAUUUUUUAAAUUAGCUUCAUGUUAUUUUCAAGGCAUUCUAGUAGAAAAAAACGAGAAAUUAGCAUACAAAUUCUUUAAAUAUGGAGCCCGCUAUGGAGAUGUAAAUUCAAUUAACAACAUUGGUUUAAUGAAAGAAAGAGGAAUAGGAUGUAUUCAAGAUAAAUACGUUGCAAAAGAAAAAUAUUCGGAGGCAAUGAAUAAAGGAUGUAUUAUGGCUUGUAACAAUCUUGCUGUACUACAAAUGAUUGAAGGUGAUGUUAAAAAAGCCAUCACUAAUUGGAAGUUUGCUAUAACAAACAAUAUUGUUGCUGCAUGUAAUAACUUAGGUGUUGCAUUAAUUCAAAGCGAUCCUGGUAAAGCUAUUAACUUAUUACUUGAAGGAUAUAAAUAUAAUGAUAAAUAUGCAACAUAUAACUUAGGUGUAGUAACCUUAAAGGGGAUUCCUAAACAUAUACCACAGAACCUUCGUAUUGCUGCUAUAUUAUUUCAAAAUAGUAUAAGUCUACCCUAUUCAAGGUUUAAUGUUGCUUUUAUGCAAUAUACUGGAAUAGGGUUACAAAAAAAUUUACAUGAGGCUGCAAAGAAUUACGCAUUGUCAAGAUGUUCAAAAACACACUCAGACGUAAAUUUAGCAAUUGGAUUGUUAUAUGGACAUUUUGGUGUAAAGUUAAAAGAUAAUUAUGAAGUUGCAACAAAAAUUUUAUUGGCUCAGAGAAAUUCAUCUGUUGCAACAUUUCAUCUUGGGAUGUGUUAUAGAAAAGGAAUGGGAGUAUAUGAAAACUCUAUUAAGUCAGCUGAAAUGUAUAAAUUAUCUAUGAAACUAGGUAAUGAAUUUGCUAAAUUUCAUGUUGGGUGUGUAAAGAUGAUCAAACACGAAAAUAGAGAAGAAGCAGUAUCAUUGAUUAAAGAAGCAGUUGAUGCUGGGUAUUGGGUUGCUGAGUCAUGGUAUGGAAGAUUUAUUUAUGCUAAUAAUCAAAGAGAAGGAUUAAAGCUAAUUCAUAAAGCAUGUCUUAUGGAAGAUAAACGAGCGUUAUACGCAUUAGCUAUUCAUUCGUUAAAGAACCAAGAUGUUAAUUAUGCAAUUAAAAUAUUAUUGAAUUUAUGCAAAUCAAGUUAUGUUGAUGCAAUUGUAACAGUUGGAGUAUGUUUCAUGAAAGGAGUUGGAGUAAAGAAAGAUGUAAAUCUUGCAUGUAUGUUCUGGAGAAAAGCUAAGGUAUUAGGAAGUGAAAAAGCGGUUCAGUUCUUACAACAGUGUUACAGUGAUGAUGAGUUUAACUAUUAA